GGCUAGAGUUGUGGAGCCAGUGUAAGCACAGAGGCACAUUGACAUGUAUAGCCGGGGAGAGGGCUGGCUGCAGAACCCGGUGCGGGUACACGGCAGCUGCACAGGGACUGUGUGGACACAAGGCCUUAAUUAAGAAGAUCUGUUGUAGCUGAAUUGGGACUUGUACAUUGCACCCUAGAGACUGUGGUGGAAUUUUCCCACACAAUGGAGUGUGAUUCUGGCCCAAGUAAAGACACUCAGUCUGAGCUUGCUGAGAGAGUUGCUGCUAUAGAAGUGGAUGAACAAGCUGAAGGGCCAGAUGUGCUGUUUUCUGACGAUAUGAACAGCAUGACUAAUAACGGUAUGAGCUCGGGAACUAGUGAGGAUGUGUUUCUCUCUUCUCAAGAUCAGAGAGACUUGAACAGUUUCCAAAGAUCCACUUCUCGGCCUACACUUUCAAACAGAAAAUUCUCCCUCCAGGAAAGACCUACAGCUGGUUGCCUGGCCUCCCAGAAUCAGGGCUACGGCCCAUAUGCAACUGGUCCCACAUCACACAUAUCACCACGAAUAGUUCGACGGCCAACAAUUGAAUCCAACAGAGUCUCUAUCUCUGAUUCUGACGAUUGCGUACAGUUGAACCAGUACAAACUGCAGAGUGAAAUUGGUAAAGGCUCGUACGGUGUUGUGAAACUGGCUUACAAUCAAAGUGACGACAAAUAUUAUGCCAUGAAAGUGCUAUCGAAGAAGAGAUUAUUGAAGCAAUAUGGUUUCCCACGAAGACCACCCCCCAGAGGAUCAAAAACUGCACCUGGAGACCAAGCAAAGCCAAUGGCUCCACUGGACAGGAUUUAUCAAGAGAUAGCAAUUUUGAAAAAGUUGGACCAUGUUAAUAUUGUCAGAUUGGUGGAGGUGCUGGAUGAUCCAGCUGAAGACAAUCUUUAUAUGGUAUUUGACCUUCUACGUAAAGGGCCAGUCAUGGAGGUGCCAUGUGACCAUCCGUUUUCAGAAGAGCAAGCUCGGAUAUACUUCAGGGACAUUGUGUUGGGCAUUGAAUACUUGCAUUACCAGAAGAUUAUUCACCGAGAUAUAAAACCAUCAAAUUUACUUCUUGGAGAUGAUGGCCAUAUUAAAAUAGCUGACUUUGGAGUAAGCAAUCAGUUUGAAGGCAAUGAUGCUCUCCUGUCAAGUACUGCUGGGACUCCAGCCUUCAUGGCACCUGAGACUCUCACGGAUUCUGGCCACGGGUUCAGUGGGAAGGCACUAGAUGUCUGGGCAAUGGGAGUCACGCUUUAUUCUCUCGUAUUUGGAAAGUGUCCUUUCAUGGAUGAAUACAUCUUGGUUCUACACAACAUGAUAAAACAUAAAGCAGUGGAGUUCCCUGAACAGCCAGUCAUUAAUGAUGAACUUAAAGACUUGAUUAUCAGAAUGCUGGAGAAGAAGCCUGAAGAUAGAAUAACUGUUCCAGAAAUAAAGGUUCAUCCUUGGGUAACUAGAAAUGAGGAGGAUCCAAUGCCACUCGAGGAAGAGCAUUGUACAAUUGUGGAAGUCACUGAAGAGGAAGUGAAGAAUUCUGUAAAGCUUAUUCCAAGUUUGACAACUGUGAUUUUAGUGAAAGCAAUGUUGCGGAAGCGCUCAUUUGGAAACCCAUUUGAAUGCACCAGGAGAGAAGAAAGGUCCAUGUCUGCCCCUGGAAAUCUUUUAAUGUGCCAGUUUAAAUCAUCUUUAAAAUUGCAACCCUACUUAAGAAAGCAAGCAAGCGGCGAGAUGCUGAAAGACACAGAGCUGGCAGACGUGGAGGAGGAUGAUGGGACGUCAUGAGAGCUUGCAUGCCCAGAUGAACUUUUGCCUGCUGCUAUGCUGCUGGCUUUUCUAUGUUGCACAAACACGUUCUCUCAUGACCAUCAUGAACCAAAGCUUGUGGUCGAUAUACAAUGCAAACAGCUCUUUGUAAAAUGUUUACAGUAUAUCUGAGGAAUGGGAUUAAUAGAUAGCGACCUCUACAUGAGGCUGUACCUGUCGCCUAUGCACUGUGGAGCCAGUUUUCAUGAGCAUGCUGCAAGAGAUAGAGACAUCUUGAACAUGAGACACUUUGUGCUUCGUGUCUCCAUAAUAUCAUUGGAAGAAUAUCCAAUGUCUGUAGACAACAGGUACCCUUUGCAUUCAAUGUCUGCAUGUAUGUGUUAAUAAUAUAUGUGUGCAUAUAUACAGGAAAAACAAAGAACAAUGUGCCUCAUCUCCAUCUUUGCUUCUGCAGGAUGCAGUCCGUGUAGCUUGAAGAUUGCUUGACCUAUGAAUGUCUUUAUUUACAAAUUUAAAACCAAAAGUUUUUAGUUUUUAUCAUUUUAUCCUCACUCCUGGCGUCUAUAGAUGAUAUACAGAUAUUUUUUAAUUUCUCUAUAUAUUUAUGUAAAGAGGACUGUACAGGGACUAUUGUGGAAAACCACGCGUGCUGCUGAGCAAUGAUUCUUCUUCGGGCUAGGAGGAGCUUGCACAUGACCUGCCCUGGUGCAGGGAGAUAUGUUUCGGGUUGUACCUUACGUUAGUUCUAAUUGUAUGAAAUAAGACCUGUUUACAUUCGCUACAGGAAGGGCUAUUUCUUCUUUGCACCUGCAGUACAUUCAUAACUCAUGACAUUUUGUAUGUGACAUGGGUCAGCAGGUUGUUAUGACUCCAUGCAAAGCAUGUUCCAGAAUGCCAUGCAUCCUAGCAGAUCUGGAAUCCUGAAAGUUUGGUUACAACAUACUGUACAUUGAAUUCACUGCCACUACUAAAUAGAGCAUGUGAUAUAUAGAUAUAUAUGUAGGUGUUUUAUACUGUCUAGUCUAAUGCAAUGCUAAUAAUUACUAAUGGAUGAGUGACAAAAACCAAAAUCUUCUGUGUUCGCCUUUUUAGAAUUUAUGCAUACGUUUCAUUUUCAGUAUGCAUUUGAUGUUUUCAUAUUUGCACUGUUGUUAUAUUUUAAAUCAGUUUGUUUUGCAAAUUGGAAGCAAAUUGGAAGCAUUAUUGCGGAUUGACAUUACGGUUUUAACCCAGUUCAAAGAAGUCCAGGGUGUUUCCUGGCUACGUGACUUUGCGGAUGGUUUCACUGAUUUAUAUAUUAUGCAAACUGGACAUUAUACUAGAAACUGGUGCUUUUUAUGGAUCCUAAUAAAGUAAAUCUGAGAUGAU